AUGGCCGACGCCGACAACGCGACGAGGGCACCCGAAAGCGAUGCUCAAGAGACCAAGACCCCCGUAGCUCCAGCCCCUCCUCCAGCCCCUGCUCCAGCUCCAGCUCCAGCUGCCGCACCCGUCACUGGCGAGCAUUGCGUCACUGACCGCCCGACUCCGUCUGGACAGUCGUCUACCGGCGAAAUCAUCAAGCUCAACGACAUUGAUGUCUACAUCUCCAAGCCGGCCGACUAUCCCCACGCGCCCGCGCGGCUCCUGCUGAUGCUCACAGGCGGCACGGGCAUCAAGUCGGUCAAUAACCAGAUCCAGGCCGACCGCUUCGCCUCAGAGGGCUUCCUGGUGCUCAUGCCCGACAUUUUCGGCGGCGACGCGGCCCCCGGCGCCGUGACCAUCACCGACGACACGUCGUCGUGGCUUGAGCAGAUCAAGCUCAAGGCGGCCGAGGUGACCAAGUCGUUUGUGAUUGACAUGUGGCUGGCGCGCGUGACGCCGGAUCGGGUGCUGCCCAUCCUGCACAAGGUCCUCGACGCCGCACGCGAUUCGUACGCUGAUGCGGUCAAGCAAGGCGGCGGCAUCUAUGCCGUCGGCUACUGCGUGGGCUCGCGCUUCGUGCUGCUGCUCGGCAAGCAGACCGAGGAGGCCGGCGCGGACGAGGAGAGCGGUCCGACGACGCAUGGGCCGUAUAUCAAGGCCGGUGCGCUGGCGCACGCGGCGUCGGUGGCGCCCGAGGACUUUGACAAUGUGUCCGUGCCGCUGAGCUUGGUGUGUGUCGAGGACGAUCCGUUGUUUUCUGACGAGGUUCGCGCGCUGGGUGAGGAUGCCAUGUCCAAGGCGAACCUGGAGCACGAAGUCCAGGUGUAUCCCGGCGUGCCACACGGCUUCGCGGUCGUUGGCGAGUACGCAGAGGCCGCAAUCAAGGAUGCCCAGGCUACCGCGUAUGAGCAGAUGCUGAAAUGGAUCAAGGAGCACUAG